UGUCAACAUAAAACACAACACUAUCUACAAAGUGUAUAUAUCUGUUGAUAAUAAUGUUAAUAUUGACAGUCAUCUAAUACCUCGGCCUACUGUUUCGACUCCAUCACAUAAAGUUACCCCGUGAUCGCUCCACGUUGCUUCCCGUCUUCGUGAUUGUAAUGCUUUCGUUACUCGAUUGGAUUCCUAUCAUAUUCUGUGAGAAAGGUGUACUUAGCGUUAAUGAAUUCGUCAUCGCCGGAGACAAUCUCGUUUCCAAAUGUCCUACUUGGUCAUGGGAAUCAGGUGAUCCAAACAAGAGGAAGUCAUAUUUGCCAUCUGAUAAACAGUUUUUGAUCACUAGAAAUGUUCCUUGUUUGCGAAGAGUUGCAUCAAUACAAGAAGAAUAUGAAGCUCUUGGAGGUGAGAUAUUGCUUGAUGAUGAAGAGAAUGAUGGUUGGUUGGCUACCCAUGGGCAACCAAAAGAUACCAAAAGUGAUGAGGAGGAGCUUGUUCCUUGUAUGGAAACCCUAGAAAUAAGCAAGAAGAAGAACAUCCAGUCAAUUUCUUCAUAUUUUGGCACCCAGGAGGAAGAAGACAUCCCAGAUAUGGAAGAGUUUGAAGAAGCUGACAACCUUAUUGAGUCGGAUCCUGCAACUCUUCAGCCUACAUAUCUGGUUGCACACGAGCCUGAUGAUGAGAAUAUUCUACGAACUCGAACUUAUGAUGUGAGCAUCACGUAUGAUAAAUAUUACCAAACUCCUCGUGUUUGGCUUACUGGAUAUGAUGAGUCAAGGAUGCUUCUUGAGCCAGAGUUAGUCCUUGAAGAUGUCAGUCAAGAUCAUGCUCGCAAAACGGUAACUAUUGAAGACCAUCCUCACUUGCCUGGGAAACAUGCAUCUGUACAUCCAUGCAAACAUGCGGCUGUGAUGAAGAAACUAAUUGAACCCCUAAUUGCCGGAGGACUUGAACCACAAGUUGACAAGUACCUUUUUUUGUUCCUGAAAUUCGUGGCUAGUGUUAUUCCAACCAUUGAAUAUGAUUACACCAUGGAUUUUGACUUGGGGAGCUCCAGUACCUGAUUUAUGUUGGCGUCUUUUGUUGGUUCAUUGUAAAUAUUUCCUUUGCAAAAAAACAACCUACUGAAUCAACUCCUCAACUGUAUCUGUUACUGUGUAAAUUGCUGGAAACACUUGUUUUAUUUAUCUGUUUGUUUGCAACUGUUUGGAAAUUCUGUGGUAACAGG